AUGUCUGCGCAGUCAGGCCAAGCACUUAUCCAAGCCUACUUACGACUAGCCAUGAGUAGCUAUGUCGACGCAGCUGCCGCGUGCCUCGCUGCCUAUGAAUUUCUGAUCACCUUCGGCGACGAGAUUGAGAUUGUUUGGAAGAGGCCUAUCACUGCACGUGCCGUGCUCCUUGGCUCGGUACGAUGGUGUAUGCUCCUCGCGGCCGUCGUGAACAUUGCGCCGACAACUGCAAGUGUAAGCCUUGAGUACUUGGGUGUUUCUGACUUCUUGUAUACCACACGCGGCUCCCUCAUUCUCGCUGACGCUAUCGUGCUCAUCCUAACAUGGAUUAAGACGUUCAGACACUGGAGGAAUGCCCGCCGCCUCAAGAUGAAGGCGUCGCUGACGACGUGUUUGCUGCGCGAUGGAACCAUGUAUUUCAUAGCUCUGCUAGCUCUCAAUAUAGCCCAGCUGCUGACAUUCAACUUCUCCGAUACGGAUAUAACAAUAAUAAACGCGCUGAUAACAACCCUGCCUUUGAUGCUCAUCAGCCGUUUCAUUAUCAACCUCCGGACGGCCGGCUCGACGGUGUCGGAUUACUCUAUGCACAUGAGUGACCAGCAGCAAGGGCAGUCGUCACUGCAAUUCAAAAGGUCAGUGGGCCGGUUGGGAGAUAUUGGGGGAACACUGCAGGACGGCUGGGGCGACGAACCUUGUGAUGAAGAGAGUGGUGUUGCAGAAGUGGGAGAGGAGGGACGUCAUGAGACCAGCGCUGAGGCAUGA